AUUAUGGAAAUGCAACUAAUAUGCAAGGUCAUGUAACUGCUGUGACAUCAAAGUCUAUAAAGUAGACUGAGUAUCAUGCAGUUUGAAGACACAGAUCAACUUAGAAGACUUAAUCCCGAAACAAUGUCAGAAUUUACCUAACAGUGACAGAAAUUCCAUUGGCAAUUGACUGGAAAAUAAUGCACCUUUGAGAUGAAAACAGGCUUUUGUCACCCAAGAAAAUCAAGUCUCACAGAAAAUGUAUGUAGGUGGAUCCUAACUUUUACAUUAUUACUUGACUGUGCACUGGUGCAUGCUGGGACAUUGAUAACUCUUCCAUUAAGUUAUCGCCAUGGAAAUGGUCAAGAACAUGAUAGAUUCAGAAGAAGUGAUCAAUUUCAAAGUCAGAGAAAUAACCUGAGGGGGAAGCCAGGUCAAGGAUAUUAUUUAGAGAUGAACAUUGGGACUCCUCCGCAAAAGAUAAAUGUGUUGAUCGACACAGGGAGCAGUAAUUUUGCCAUUGCUGCCAGCCCAAAUCCUGACAUAGAUAUAUAUUUUGAUAGAGAUAACUCAACUACUUACAAGCUGAUAGGAACCUCAGUAUAUGUGCCAUACACUCAGGGGAACUGGAGAGGGACUCUAGGGUCGGAUCUGGUGACCUUGACCUCAUUACCCAAUGUCACAGUGAGAGCUAACAUUGCAUUCAUAACAGAGUCUAAGCAGUUUUUCAUCAAUGGAUCCAACUGGCAGGGCAUCCUGGGAUUGGCUUACAGCAGUAUAGCUAGGCCUGACGGUUCCAUUACACCCUAUUUGGACUCCCUGAUAGACAACUCUGGUAUUUCAAACAUUUUUUCAACACAGCUUUGUGGAGUAAAGUUUGAACAAAAAAUUGACCAAGAUGUUGAAUUGGGAGGUACCAUUACCUUUGGAGGAGUGGAUCCCACCCUUCACAGUGGCCCUGUAUAUUACACAAACAUACACAAACAAUGGUACUACGAGGUGGUCAUGGUGGAUGUGGAAGUUGAUGGAGACAGCAUCAAUCUAGAUUGUAAAGAGUAUAAUUUUCCCAAAACCAUUGUGGACAGUGGAACCACAGAUCUGAGGUUACCUAUGAAGGUGUACGCAACAGUGAUCAACCACAUCAAGACCUAUGUCCAGAAAUCUCCCAAUGCUCCACCAUUGAGUCUUGGUUUUUGGAAUGGAGACAUAGACUUGUGCUACAAAGAUGGAGCUAUUCCUUACAACAUAUUUCCAUUUGUAGCCUUAGAGUUUGCUGAGAAUGAUCAACAGUCUUUCAAAAUCAUUGUAGCUCCACAGCAAUACAUUAAAUCUGUUGGUAAAAAAGAUGACAACAACCCAGAUGAAAUAUGUUUCAAGCUUGGUAUUGCAAACUCCACAUCAGGCUCAGUGAUUGGAGCAGUGAUAAUGGAGGGGUUUUAUGUAGUCUUUGAUCGACAGAACAACAGAAUUGGGUUUUCAGACACAACAUGUCCUGCGGUGGCCCAGAUGUAUAACAAAUCACAUGUGUCUGGGCCUCACAAAUUUUCAGGGUCGAUUGAAAACUGUGCCUAUGCCAAACCAGAGAAAUCCAAUAAAACCCUGGUCAUUGUGGCGUACGUAUUAGCGGGGAUCUGUGGAGCCUGUAUCCUGCCUUUGUUUAUUCUCUUUAUUCAGUAUCAAUGGCGGACGUCAAAGUGUUACGAGAAAAUGAAGAGACAGAAUUCUGAUGGAGAUUCCAAUGACUUAAUUGAUGAACCAAACUUUAUGCAUGAUUCUUAAUUGGACGAUUUUGUCAUGGGAGUGUCUACUAGUGAUAGGGGUUAAAUUUAUCUAUGGUAGG